ACACUCGGAUAUAUGGCGCACUUAAGGAUAUUUUUUUACUCCUUUGAUAUAUUUUAUUGUUUUUUUCUCUUUUACGGUCUCUACACAUCCUCACAAUACUAUUGUUUUUAGAAUAAAAUACCAUUCCAUUCAUCUUUUAUCCUAUUUAUAUCUCAACUCCAGUGGCUUAUACUAUUGUAGUAUUUCACUUGUAUAAAAUUUAAUGCACAAUUUAGUGAGGAUGUGUAGAGACCGUAAAAGAGAUAUGAUGUAAAAUGAUUAUUUCACUUGUAUAAAACUUUAUGCACAAUUUAGCGAUACACCUAAAUAGAUGCCUAGGCAAUACUAUAAAAGUAUAAAUCAAAAACACGUGAGUAGGUAAAAGUAAUUUACGUGAUAUGGAGUAACCUUUAUUUUGAAACAGAAGGAGUACAUAGUAGAAAAAGGUGGUCCCCACAAAGAUCCUGAGGGAGGGAGUAGUAUAAGUAAAUGGCCAAAGGGGGCAUGCGGCGGUCCCAAAGGUGAUUGGUGGUACCUCCUCUGUAAACACGUCAGACUGAAACAAACUCUCAAGGUGGCGCCGGAAAACCAAAACAUCGUUGCUUCAUUUUGACUACGAGGGAUUAUAUUUCAUACAAGUAUAAAAAAAUGAGUGAUCAGCCGCAGUUCAUAGCAAGAGAUAAUUGUAACAGGAAUGAACAAGUCGGGAGUGUUCAUGUCAGGUCCCGAUUAAUUGACACCCCUGAUGUUAACCAGAUUCUUGUUUCUGAGAAGAAAAGCUGGAAAAACUUCUUUUCAUAUGUGGGUCCUGGCUUCCUAGUCUCCAUUGCUUACAUUGAUCCUGGAAAUUUUGAAACUGAUCUCCAGUCUGGAGCUCAAUACAAGUACGAGUUACUUUGGAUUAUAUUGGUGGCAUCAUGUGCUGCCCUCAUCAUUCAGUCUAUGGCAGCUAAGCUUGGGGUUGUUACAGGGAAGCAUUUGGCAGAACAUUGUAGAUUUGAGUACUCAAAAGUUCCAAAUUUUAUUUUAUGGAUUUUGGCUGAAAUUGCAAUAGUAGCUUGCGACAUUCCUGAAGUUAUCGGAACUGCAUUUGCAUUGAAUAUGCUUUUCAAAAUUCCUGUGUGGGCUGGUGUUCUUCUGACUGGUCUUAGCACUCUGGUUCUACUUGCACUACAGCAAUAUGGGGUGCGCAAGCUUGAGUUCUUGAUUACUUUUUUGGUUCUUACUAUUGCUGCAUGCUUUCUUGUGGAGCUUGGACAUGCAAAACCGCAGGCUUCAGAAGUAUUGCAUGGGCUUUUUGUUCCUCAACUCAAAGGAGAUGGUGCAACUGGCCUUGCCAUUUCCUUACUUGGUGCUAUGGUUAUGCCACACAAUCUCUUUCUCCAUUCAGCAUUAGUACUUUCCAGAAAAAUACCACGUUCUGCUAGUGGUAUCAAGGAAGCUUGUAGAUUCUAUCUGAUAGAAAGUGGAAUUGCUCUCGCUGUGGCGUUCCUCAUUAAUGUAUCUGUCAUAGCUGUCAGUGGUGCAGUUUGCAGUUCCUCAGAUUUGAACGAAGGAGAUCAAAAGAGCUGCAAAGACUUGGACUUGAAUGAAGCAUCCUUUCUACUUAAGAAUGUCUUGGGCAACUGGAGCUCAAAACUUUUUGCAAUAGCAUUGCUGGCAUCUGGUCAGAGUUCCACAAUAACUGGAACUUAUGCUGGCCAAUAUGUCAUGCAGGGUUUUCUUGAUUUACGAAUGGAGCCAUGGCUUAGGAACUUGUUGACUAGAUGCUUGGCUAUAGUCCCCAGUUUGAUCGUUGCUCUAAUUGGUGGUUCUGCAGGAGCUGGGCAGUUGAUCAUUAUUGCUUCGAUGAUCUUAUCAUUUGAACUCCCAUUUGCUCUCAUUCCACUUCUCAAAUUCACCAGUAGUAAGGCUAAGAUGGGUGUCUAUGCUAACUCAUUCCUGCUUUCCGCAGUCACCUGGGUGAUUGGCUCCUUGAUCAUGGUCAUUAACAUUUACUUCAUCGCAAGCAGUUUUAUCAAGCUACUGAUACACAGCAAAUUAAAACUAGUAGCUGCCAUAUUUUGUGGGAUACUCGGAUUUUUGGGACUAGUGAUAUAUUUGGCUGCAAUUGCGUACCUUGUCCUCCGUAAAAACAGGGAGAGUACCCAGCUUCUGUCACUAACAACGCGUGAAGAUCAACAAAUUCCUCGUGAAGACAUAGUUAACAUGCAACUGCCUCAAAGGAGGAGCAAUUUAGACAACAUUGAGUAAUUCAUGUCUUAAUUUUGGAAUUUGCUAAAAUAAAAUAAUAUUCAUGAACUUCUCUGAGUUGUUUUGAGUCAAAAACUGUUCGCAACCUCGUAGAUCAAAAUCGUUGAAUGUUUGCUUGCUCUUGACGAUAUACUAGAGAAAGUUCAUGAAUAUUAUUUUUUCUUCAGCUAAUAAUCAAGAAAUAGCCGUUAGGGGUAUGCAGAGUUUGUGCAAACAUAACAGUCAAGUGGUUUUGAAUACUGAGAAAGUCAGGUGUUACUGGGAGGAUACUAGAUAGCUAGGAGCUCUCCUUGGAAGAUUUCUGUAAGAUUUAGAAUAAUAUUGGUAAUGAAACAUUUGGCCUUGUAUGUACAUCAAGAUUGGCCUCUUUUAGGAGAGUUGAGAGUACAUUGAUGGAUCUUAACAUACAUAUUACAAGUACAUGAAUUUUCUGCACGAUUUAAGAUCUUGCUUUGAUA